UUUAUUCCGGUCUAAAUGCUGUCCAACUCAGUUCUAAGAUUCUGCGGAUCUCAGUCGUAGACUUCGUCAUGCCGGUCUGCAGGACUUCCUGAGAUUCUGUUUCGGUCCCCAGCUCCUGCGUUUGGGGGAGACCAGACCUCGGCUCCGCCGGGGCCGUGCCGGGUGGUCUGCCACCCGGCGUCCCUGACCAAGCCCUAUGAGUGAUCUGCCUGCCUUCAGGUCCACUCGAGGGAACCAACGUCUGGGACCCGUCCACGCACAAAGCCAGUGUCUGUGAAAAUUGCUCCAGAAAAAGAAAGGAUGCCGCUUUUCUUCCGGAAGCGGAAACCUAGUGAAGAGGCUCGGAAGCGCCUGGAGUACCAGAUGUGUGUGGCAAAAGAAGCCGGGGCAGAUGACAUUCUCGACAUCUCUAAAUGUGAGCUCUCAGAGAUUCCGUUUGGGGCUUUUGCAACAUGCAAAGUUUUACAGAAGAAGGUGUUGAUCGUCCACACAAAUCACCUCACUUCCCUGCUUCCUAAAUCCUGCAGCCUUCUGAGUCUGGCAACCAUCAAGGUUCUGGAUCUUCACGAUAAUCAGCUGACAGCCCUUCCUGACGAUAUCGGGCAGCUGACAGCACUGCAGGUAUUGAACCUGGAAAGGAAUCAACUGACUUAUCUCCCACGUUCCAUCAGAAACCUCACCCAACUCCAGACCCUCAGUGUGAAAGACAACAAGCUGAAGGAGCUCCCAGACUCCUUGGGGGAACUUCGAAGCUUGCGGACUCUUGACAUCAGUGAAAACGAGAUUCAGAGACUGCCGCAGAUGUUGGCACAUGCUAGAACCCUGGAGACCCUGAGCCUGGAUGCCUCGUCAAUGGCUUACCCCCCACCGGAGGUGUGUGGCGCUGGCACCGAGGCCAUUCAGCGGUUCCUCUGCAAAGAGUCAGGGCUGGAAUACUACCCCCCUUCUCAGUACCUGCUGCCAGUCCUGGAGCAAGAAGGAGCCGAGAACUCCCAGGACAGCCCCGACGGGCCCUCGGACAGAUUCUCCAGGGAGGAGGUGGAGUGGCAGAAUAGGUUCUCGGACUAUGAGAAGAGGAAGGAACAGAAGAUGCUGGAGAAACUCGAGUUUGAACGGCGCCUGGAACUCGGGCACCGAGAGCACGCCCAGCUCCUCCAGCAGAACAGCUAUCAGAAGGACGAGAUCCUUCAGAUGGUCAAGGAGGAGCAGUCCCGGCUGGAGCAGGGCCUGAGCGAGCGCCAGCGCUCCCUGGAUGCAGAGCGCCAGCAGCUGCAGGAGCAGCUCAAGCAGACGGAGCAGAACAUCUCCAACCGCAUCCAGAAACUCCUGCAGGAGAAUCACAGGCAAAAGAAAAGUUCUGAGAUUUUGAAGUCGCUGGAAAAUGAAAGAAUAAGAAUGGAACAGUUGAUGUCCAUAACCCAGGAGGAGACAGAGAACCUGCGGAGACGUGAGAUUGCCUCUGCCAUGCAGCAGAUGCUGACCGAGAGCUGUAAGAACCGGCUCAUCCAGACGGCCUAUGAGUCUCAGAGGCAGAACUUGGUCCAGCAGGCCUAUUCCAGCAUGGCCGAAAUGGAUGAACGGUUCCAGCAGAUUCUGUCAUGGCAGCAGAUGGAUCAGAACAAAGCCAUCAGCCAGAUCCUGCAGGAGAGCGCCAUGCAGAAGGCCGCGUUUGAGGCUCUCCAGGUGAAGAAGGACCUGAUGCAUCGGCAGAUCAGGAACCAGAUUAAAUUAAUAGAAACUGAGUUAUUGCAGCUGACACAGCUGGAGUUAAAGAGGAAAUCCCUGGACACAGAGGCACUGCAGGCAGGGCAGGUCUCCUCUGUGGCCAUGAUGCUGGAUGAUGCCCCAGCUCCAGAAGGAGCCAGGGAGCUGAGCCCAGCACAGGCCAAGGAGAUGAUCUCGGAGCAGCGCCGGGCCCUCAGCAACCUGCUCCAGCAGCUGCUGAAGGAGAAGACGCGCCGAGAGGAGGAACUCCGGGAAAUCCUGACGGAGUUAGAAGCAAAAAGUGAAACCAAGCAGGAAAAUUACUGGCUGAUUCAGUACCAAAGGCUUUUGAACCAGAAGCCCUUGUCCUUGAAGCUGCAGGAGGAAGGUGUGGAGCACCAGCUGGCAGCCCUCCUGGUGGAGCUGGCAGCCGAGCACUACCUGCCAAUCUUCGCCCACCACCGCAUCUCCCUGGACAUGCUGAGCCGGAUGAGCCCCAGGGACCUGGCCCAGGUAGGCGUCUCAGAGGCUGGCCUGCAGCACGAGAUCCUACGCAGAGUCCAGGAGCUGCUGGACGCGGCCAGGAUCCAGCCAGAGCUGCUGAAACUACCCAAGGGAGAGGUCCUCGGGGCCCCGACGCCCCCUACUGCCCCCAAGGAGCUCCCUGAGUCAGUGAGGCCUUCUGCUCCCCCUGCAGAGCUGGACGUGCAGACCUCAGAAUGUGUCGUGUGCCUGGAACGGGAGGCCCAGAUGAUCUUCCUCAACUGCGGCCACGUGUGUUGCUGCCAGGAGUGCUGCCAGCCACUCCGUACCUGCCCACUCUGCCGCCAGGAGAUCGCCCAGUGCCUCCGGAUCUACCACAGCAGUUGAGCCCUGGCUGCCAGCCCCAGGCCCAGACCACCUCUACUGCCUGGAGGCCCAGGUCUCCGGCUCACCGCCUGCUCUGGACAGACUAGUCCGGCCCCCUCUGUCCUGGGCCCUUUCCCACCACGGCCUGGAAGGGUACCCCCCACCCUAGGUCUCUAGGCACUCUGGGCCGGCAGGACAAGGACAGCUAGUGUUCCUGACUGAUGACGUAGCUGGUCUAAUACUGUGGAGGAAGAGAGAGGACCCCUCGGCACAACCACAGGAUCUGGGGCAUGCAGACGGCUACCCUGCCGUCUGAGUGCGGGACUGAGCAUCCUGGCCAGCGUGCCUCUGGGGUACACGGGCAGUGCCAUCCCACUCAGCAGAGUGGUAGGUGUGCAGGAGGGCCCUAGCCAAGGGGUGGGGAAGCCACGGAUGGAGCUCUGGUCGCAGCGGUGUGACUGACCACAGUGGGGUGUCCUCAGAGUGGCUGCUGUGUGUUAGGCCUUGUCCGUCCCUGCCUCCCCCUCUCCUGUUCCCCAGCGCUCUGGGCCCCUCUGCUCUCCGGAUCUGUACCUCCUCGCCCUGUGCAGUUCACAGGCAGGCAAUGAGCUCGGCAGCAGGGAUGUCAAUAAAUUAACCCCAGCCUGC